CAAAGACGAGAGGAAGCUGUGAUUGACAGCCCAGUAACGGAGUGGGACACAUGGACAGAAAAGCAGGGACGGAUUAUGUCUCCCUCAGGACUCGGCACUAAUCUCUCUCCACACACACACACACACACACACACACACACACACACACACACACACACACACACACACACACACACACACACACCUUGUAAAAGACCUUUGGCAUGUGGAUUAUUGACUUUGUAGCCUCUGCAGGGUAGCAGCCAUGUUUGAAGUCCUAGUCCUUGUAGUACUGUGACUGCUCGUAGCACCUUCAUCAUACUACCUAGUUCUUCUGAACCAGCGGACACCUGGUGUUCUGUUCUGUUCUGUUGUUCUGCAGAACCAAACAUUGAGUAGAGAACCUGGAGUCCAACCUCUGAAACACAAUGCAGUCCUGUUAGAACUACAGAGCCAUUGUAGUACUCUGGACUGGUUAAUGGUCACACUUCCUCCUUAGAUAACUGCAUUCUUAGUGUAUUCUUAGUUCUUAUUCCAACCUUACGAAGCUCCUGAUCGCCCCCCCCCCCCCCCCUUUUCCUGGCACUCCUUUGAACACCGAGCAUUCCUUUGGGAAUAUUUGGAAUACUCGGAGUAAACGUUGGGAGUCCUCCUUUCUGGGAUAGCUUGGACAUCCCAGGACUUUGGUCCUAUCAGGACUCGUUGAACUUUCCAGGAACUAGAGCCAGAAUUCCAGGAGUUGGAGCUGACAUGUGCCACGGGUGAAACCACAGGAACUGAACCCACUCGCUGUCAUGGAUCGCGGCCCCGGAGCGGACGCCGAACCUGGAUUGGACACCUGUAACGGGUCCCCUGAACAACCGAGGGAAGAGGCGGGAAGAGAAGGAGAAGGAGAAGGAGGUAACGGGGAAUUCAGCUCGGCGUCCUCCACCUCCUCCAACCUCCUCCCCACGUUCUUCUCCUCGACCCCCCCGGACUGCGUGGAGGACGAGGACGAGAACGAGAUGCUGACCGGCUGCUCCAAGUCCUUCACCGGACUCAAGCUCUUCAGCAGGAGGAAAGCGAUCGCCAAGUCGGGCCUGCACCACCUGCCCUGUCAGCCCGGCGCCUCCUCCCUGAGCAGGAGCGACCCCGAGGCCGACAUCCGGAGCACUCUGGACUGGACGGAGUCGGCUGUGUAUGGAGAUCACAUCUGGUUCGAGACCAACGUGUCUGGAGACUACUGUUAUGUGGGAGAGCAGCACUGUAUUGCCAGGGCGCUGCAAAAGUCUGUCAGCCGAAGGAAGUGUGCCGCCUGCAAGAUAGUGGCCCACACCGUCUGUAUAGAACAACUGGAGAAGAUUAAUUUCAGGUGUAAACCGUCGUUCAGAGAAUCGGGCUCCAGGAACAUCCGAGAGCCCAUCGUGGUGCGUCAUCACUGGGUUCAUCGGAGACGGCAAGAAGGCAAAUGUAAACAAUGUGGGAAGGGUUUCCAGCAGAAGUUCGCCUUCCACAGCAAAGAGAUCGUGGCCAUCAGCUGCUCCUGGUGCAAACAGGCUUACCACAACAAGGUGUCCUGCUUCAUGCUGCAGCAGAUCGAGGAGGCGUGCCCAAUAGGAGCUCACGCUGCUCUCAUAGUUCCACCCACGUGGAUCAUUCGAGUCCGGCGCCAGCAGUCGUCCAUGAAGUCGAGUAAGAAGAAGAAGAGAACGUCGUUCAAGAGGAAAAGCAGCAAGAAAGGAGCAGAGGAAGGACGACAGUGGAGGCCGUUUUUAAUCAGACCCAUCCCGGCACCACUGAUGAAACCCCUGCUGGUGUUUGUCAACCCCAAGAGUGGAGGAAACCAGGGCACUAAGAUCCUGCAGUCCUUCAUGUGGUAUCUGAACCCCAGACAGGUGUUCGACCUGAGCCACGGAGGACCAAAGGAGGGCCUGGAGCUGUAUCGUAAAGUCCAUAACCUGAGGAUCAUGGCGUGCGGUGGCGACGGCACUGUGGGCUGGAUCCUGUCUUGUCUCGAUGAACUGGGGUUGAAUCCUCAACCUCCCGUUUCCGUGUUACCGCUCGGGACGGGAAAUGACCUCGCCAGGACCCUCAACUGGGGAGGGGGCUACACGGAUGAACCUCUGUCUAAGAUCCUCUCCCACGUUGAGGAUGGAACGGUUGUCCAGCUGGACAGAUGGAAUCUACAGGUUGAACCGAACCACAGUGCAGGGGCUGAACCGGACGAGCAGCAAGCUGAUAAGCUUCCUCUAGAUGUGUUCAACAAUUACUUCAGUCUUGGAUUUGAUGCCCACGUGACCCUAGAGUUCCACGAGUCCAGAGAAGCCAACCCGGAGAAGUUCAACAGUCGUUUUAAGAAUAAGAUGUUCUAUGCUGGGACAGCCUUCUCAGAUUUCCUGAUGAGAAGCUCCAAAGACCUGUCAAAGCACAUCAAAGUGGUGUGUGACGGGACAGAUAUAACGGCAAAGGUUCAGGACUUGAAGCUGCAGUGUCUGGUCUUCCUCAACAUCCCCAGAUACUGUGCGGGCACUACACCCUGGGGAAACCCCGGUGAACAUCACGACUUUGAACCUCAACGCCACGAUGAUGGAUACAUCGAGGUCAUCGGGUUCACUAUGACGUCACUGGCUACUCUCCAGGUCGGAGGUCAUGGCGAGAGGUUGAACCAGUGCAGAGAAGUCACCCUCACCACGACAAAGCCUCUCCCAGUCCAGGUGGAUGGCGAACCGUGCAGACUGGCCCCCUCUGUCAUCCAAAUCAGCCUCCGAAACCAGGCAAACAUGGUGCAGAAAACCAAACGGCGGACCUCGUUACCACACCUCAACGAUCAGCAGCCAGUCCCAGACAGGCUGAGGAUCAGAGUCAGCAGGAUCAGCAUGACGGACUACGAGGCUCUGCACUACGACAAGGACAAGCUACGACAAGCAUCCAUUCCUCUGGGUCUGAUCGUGGUUUCCGGCGACAGCGACUUAGAAACCUGCAGAGAACACAUCCAGCGCUUACAGGAGGAGGAGGCAGCCAAGCCAAAGAGUGUUUCCUCGCAGAGAUUAUCUCCAAAGUGGUGUUUCCUAGACUCUACGACAGCCGACCGUUUCUACAGGAUAGACCGAGCGCAGGAACAUCUCAACUACGUAUCAGAAAUCUCCCAAGAAGAGAUCUUCAUCCUGGACCCUGAACUGGUUGUCACGACGACAGUAGGCACCUCCCCCUCGGCCAUGCCGGACCUGGUUAACCCCGCCUCCAGCCUGGUAAACAGCAGUGAAAGCCCCUCUGAUCAGACCUCCAACCAAGUCUUUGUCUACCCCGUUGCUUCUUCCUCCACUUCAGCUUCAUCCUCUGCUUCCAGUUCUUCCCAGAGGCAGCGAGUGAACAGUGACGGCGCUGGUGAAACACCUGUGGCCAGCAAACUCAGCAGGGCGGGCUGCAUCCAUCGCUCCAACACCACCGCCGCCGAUUUCAAACCAAAACUGAGACAGGAAAAGAGCCAAAAGACAAGUGAGGCGGAGCGGGAGAGAGAAAAAGAGAUUGAGUUGAUCGAGUGUGUGAAGAACAAGGACAGCAAGAAGCUGCAGGAGCUGCACCUGAAGGGGGCGGACCUCACGGUGCUGGACCUAUCCGGCUGCAGUCUGCUGCACCACGCCGUCGCCACAGGAAGCAAAGAGACGGUCCGCUACAUCCUCGACAAUGCUCCUAGUGACCUGAUAGAUGUCACAGAAAAACUACAUGGGGAGACGGUUCUUCAUCGAGCUGCAUCGCUGUGUCACAGGACCAUCUGCCACUAUCUGGUAGAAGCAGGAGCCUCGCUGAUGAAAACGGACCUCCAGGGCGAGACUCCUAAGAACCGGGCGGAGAAGGCCAACGACUCUGAACUGGCGGCUUAUCUGGAGAACAGGCAGCAUUACCAGAUGAUCCAGAGAGAGGACCAGGAGACGGCCGUCUGAAAGCGUUGAGCUCUUCCGCGUUCUCCUUCCUCAUCCUCACAGCGGCUCCUGAGGGCCGGUCUGACGGGAGGACCGGUACAAACAUACCAGUUCUUUGCAUUUGACACAAAGAUGAGGGUUGGAAGGUCCUAAGAUUAUGAGAUGCUCAUGAAGUCCUUUCAUUUUUGAGAGGAACAAGUGUUGGUGAAGUCUGGAAAACAGUUUUGGGAUGAUCAGAAUCUUCUGCCGGACUUUGAACAGCUACCUAGAGGAGACCUCUUGUUGGGACUUCUUCUUCGUUGUCCAAAACUCUUCAUGUCAUGGUUGAACAUACUCAGGAAAUGUAAUAAAUGUCGUACAACCAUGGAGUUAAAAUCUAAGAAGACUAAAGUUUUAAGGCCCAGUCACUAUGGCUACAAAGUGCAUUACACACCUGACCAAAAUGUCUUUGAGAUUAUGGAAUAUUUUGUGUGUGAAAGGUCGAGAUUUUGGAGUUCGGUAUUUGAAUAUCUACAGUUAACACUUUUUCGUAAUGCCUUGUCAUGGAGCGAAAGGUUUAACAUGUUUGCAUUAAUGUGUUAAGGUCAGGGGGUCGGGGAAAUCACAUCAGUAUCAGGUUUCAUUGCCAUCCAGUAGUCGUAGAGAGAUCGUUUCUUUACCGUCCCUUAGCCUGUGAAGCUCUGUGAUCACAAACAUCACCCUCAUUUAUGGUGGGAACCUGUUUUGGUUGGUCUUACCUCAGCCAUACCACUUCAUCAAUAUUAGUGUACAUGCUGUAAUAAGUUGACUUUUAUCAACAUAUUCUAGAGAAUCAUUAUUAUUUAUAUGUUGGACAAAUAAUCAAAGUGAUGUAUUUUCUGGUGCCUGCCCUGAAGGAUUGGACUUUUAUUUCCACUUAUGUGACUUUUUAUUUCCACAGAUACGUUCUGUCAAGUUAGAUCAAAUGGGUGUGUGUGCGCGUACUUUAAGAAAAAAAUAAAAUAAAAUGAAAUGUUCAUAUUUUGUUAAGAUUGUUUUAGUAAAAUCCAGUCUCAAAUCAUGUAUUAUGGAUUAUUAUAGAUUGGUUGUGCCAAACGUUAGAGGCUGAGAAGUUGACAAACCUGGAUCUACACGAUGCGCCGGAAAAAUCUGGACACCAACUCAACAAAAUCAGGGACAAGAUCUGUAAGGAUCCUCUCUCCAUGGAGACGAGGAACCGGGUUUCUCGUGCUUCAAUUGGAACGUUCGAUGCUGAAUACGAUCAGAACAUUGGACAUGGAUGCACACGCAAAGCCUGGUGUCUCUGCUAGUCUCUCUGUACAUUCUCUUUAUAACUGAUAAGGAUAUUUUCUUCAAGAGAUGCAUUUUCUCAUAAAUGUCUUUUGUUUGCAUUCCAUUUAAUGGCACAACUUCCUUUAUGACUUAAGUCUACCAAAGAGCUUUGACAAUGAAGAAGUCUUGACCCGUUCAGACCUCUGCUCUGUGUGAACCCUCUCCUAGUUAUGGGAUGGAGUAACGGACUAAUGCACAACCCAUCUUCGGGCAUAUUUGAGGAGAGAAAGUUUCUGUGCAACAAGUCUUUUGAGGAUUUGUGUAUUUUGUACAGUAAAUUAUUAGAAAGAACUCUGAUUCAGCACAGCCACUGCUGGAAUAAUCUGUAAACCAAAAAGACUGGAGUCUCCCAAUCACGUCAGUUUAUCUCCUGCCUGUGCUGUGAUUUUAGCAUUUGAAAGGUCUUCAGUUUAGCGUUGCAUUGACAGUAAAUUCUUGCAUGUACUGUAUCGCAGUGAUGUAUAGCAGCUUUUUUUUUUUUUUAAAUUUAAACGUUUGAAUUCUCUUAUCUUUUUCUGUCUUUCUAUUCCUGCAUUUGUUGAUUGAAGUUCUUUGGCAUUUGUAUGAUUUGUUUAUGAGAUUAAUAUGAAGACAAUAAAAGAAGAAAGUUUAUUUGCGAA